AUGUUUGAUGAGGAUUGGCGCGCUCUUGGUGCUCUCUUGCGUAAAGAGCAAGUAGAAGAGGAGUGGGGGGGGCAAGAUCUUGCAAGACUGCCAGCUUAUCUUUCCACUGCCGCCAAAGUUCGCUCCAUAGUGGUUGUUGGUGUGAAAGCGCUCAAUGUACUCAGCCAGCCUCAGGCGGAACCGGAACUGCCGAACCGCGGGCGACUUGACAAAGAGGCCAAUCAACCGCUUGGCCGGCCGGUGGAACUGCUCGCUCAGGCCGAUGGCGGCGAUGAAGGAGAAGACGACGAAGAAGACCUGGUGGAUGACGAAGAUCACCACCAGGACCCGAUAAUUUCCGGUGACCUGGCCGAAGAGCAUCAGCAUGGUGAAGAUGGCAUUGAUGGGCAGGGUGAGCGAGGUGAAGAGGAAGAAGACGAAGCCGUAGACGGCGUUGGUGUCGGCCAUCCACCGCAGCGAGGUGACGCACUCCGCCUCGAAGUAGGCGAAACGCCGGCGGCUGAAGGUGAAGCAGUUCUGGGCGGCCAGGUAGGCUUCGAAGUGGCGGAAACGAAGAUAGGAGAUGGCAAAGAGGAGCAGACUGAAGGUGCCUACGAGGAUCAGCGUGGAGAGGACGGUGCUGGCGUUGGCCAGCGUCGACAGGAAGCAAAUGCAGAGUUGAAAAUAUUGUAA